AUGGCUAAACGAACACUGGAAUCCUUCUACAACCCCAUCAGUAAGCCAAAGAAACCGCGUGUUGAGGACGCUCCUCCAUCAUCCUACUCCCAUCAUCCCAGCUAUCCCUUCCCCAUCGCGGACUUCCCCCCAUCCAUCGCCAACGCGCUUCCGGACCUCCCAGCCACCACACCACGGAGCAUUACCAACCAGCUGCAUCUGGAUCUGCUCUACUACCAACCCUUCAUUCCAUCCACUGCCUCCCACGAACUCUUCCGCUUCCUCCGCCGCGAACUUCCCUUCUACCGCGUCCAGUACACCAUCCGCCGCGGGCCUACCACAACCCAGAUCAACACCCCGCGCUUCACCACCGUCUUUGGCGUCGACGAUACCUCCCUCUUUACCCCUGUACCCAAUACCUCAAGCAAUGACUCCCGUCUAGUCGACAGCAAAUCCCACACCCCUAUCCCAAGCACCAAAUACAAAUCCACUCCCCGCCCCAUCCCGCCCUGCCUCGACGCCCUCCGCCAACGCGUCGAGGCCGCUACCGACGGCGCACGCUACAACUUCUGUCUGGUAAACUAUUACGCAUCAGGGGACGACAGUAUCUCCUACCACUCUGACGACGAGCGAUUCCUCGGCCCGAAUCCCUGCAUUGCAUCGUUGUCGCUCGGCGCAAAGCGGGAUUUCCUCAUGAAGCAUAAGCUGGCUGAAGGUGUUGAGGCAGCACCGAUCAAGAUGUCUCUCGCGUCAGGGGAUAUGGUCGUGAUGCGGGGUGAGACGCAGGCGAAUUGGUUGCACUCUGUUCCGAAGCGGAGGGGGAGUGAUACGCGCCAAGGGAGGAUCAAUAUUACGUUUCGCAGGGCGGUGGUGCCCGCUGGGACGGAUAAUUAUUAUAGAUAUAAUGUGGGGGACGGACGGGUGUAUAUAUGGAGUGAGGAGGAGGGGAGGAUGGUAGAGCGCUGUUGA